AAAAAUAUCUAUUGGAAACAUGAAUGGAGUACAAGAUUUAAUGCAAGUUGGACGUUUGGUAACUAAUAGAAGAAGGGGGCAUGAACUUUCGCUCGUGAGUUUGGAAACAUUACACUUGAACUUAUUGCCUGACAUGAGGUGUAUAUGGAAGGGUCUCGUGCCGAGCAAUUUGACUACUUUGAAGGUGAAACAGUGUGACAGACUGACACAUGCAUUCACGAACAGCAUGAUUGCUAGUCUAAUUCAACUGAAAUUUCUAGAUAUAUCAAAUUGUGAGGAAUUGGAGCAAAUUAUUGCUAAGGAUAAUGACGAUGAAAAUGAUCAAAUAUUGUCAGGAAGUGAUCUCCAAUCUUCAUGCUUCCCUAAUCUGUGUCGGCUUGAGAUCAGAGGAUGCAACAAGUUGAAGAGUCUCUUCCCAGUAGCCAUGGCUUCGGGUCUCAAAAAGCUCCGAAUACUUAGAGUAAGAGAAUCCUCUCAAUUAUUGGGAGUAUUUGGGCAGGGUGAUCAUGCUUUGACUGUUAAUGUUGAGAAGGAGAUGGUGCUCCCUGAUCUGCAGGAGUUGUUGCUUGUACAAUUAACAAGUAUUUCCUGCUUCAGUCAUGGAUGUUAUGAUUUCAUAUUCCCUUGUUUGUUGAUGUUGGAGGUGCAUCAAUGUCCAAAGCUGACCACAAAAUUUGCUACUACAUCAAAUGGUUCAAUGAGUGCUCAAUCAGAGGUAUCUCAAGUAGCUGAGGGUUCAAGCACUGGUUGCUCCGUGCCAACCAGCACUUGUAGAAACUGGACCCGAAAUAAAGGGUGGGAAGAGAAAGAGGAAGAGGAUGGAGUUGGUCAUGAUGAUUGAGUUAGAUGAUUAGUUUGCAUUGGAAUUUGAAAAACAUGCUUAUAAUUAUUUCUUUCAGGUAAAAUGGAUGCAAUUAUUUAUUUUCUAUCCUUUUUUAAAUGGCUAAAUUAAAUCAACAUAUUACCUCGAUAUGCAUCAGGUUCGUUCGUUGGUUACCUAUUACAUGAUCACCUCGAUAUUAGGUGAUUUCACGAAGAUUCAUGUCUUUGAGUUGUGGUUUGGUGGGAAGUAAUUUCAGCUGUUUCAUUAGCUAUGGGAUACAAUUUGGUUUUUUUUUUUUUGAAGUUUGUAUUUUCAUAUAUAGCAAGUCACUUGAUUAACUUGUUAUUGUGGUACCGUACAGUAAUAUAGUUUCUACAUGAAUAUAUAUAAAUACAUGUGAAUGAGUAUAUAUAUAUAUAUAAAAACUACUUACAAAUUUAUUGACAGAAAAUGAAAUUCCAAGAUGUAGAUUCAGUAAAAGGA